AUAUAAAAGACAGUCCCGUAUUAUCGACUCUUUUCUUCCCAUCACAUCUCUUCCUCGCUGUUCCGCUUUCCUUCACGAAUUUUUCCUUACUUCUUGUCUUUCUCUAUUUCAUCCAACCCCAGGCACGACUUUCGGCUGCUCUGUGAAGAGUCGGUAUGGCUACUGAAAGCAACAGCGAUGACGCAGGGUCGACAAGUGGAGCACCAGCAGAUGCGGCCGGUGAAGCCAAAAUGGAGCCCGCCUCUUCAUUGCCGAACGCUUCCUUUCCAGCGACAGCCCCCACAUUGACAUUGAGGCUGCUCAUGAUGCAGAAGGAUGUUGGCAGUAUUAUUGGCAAGAGUGGAGCAACUGUGAAAACGUUCCGAGAAGAGAGUGGAGCAAGAAUUAACAUCUCAGAUGCUGGGAGUGCUGAACGGAUUGUGACCAUCAGUGGACCAGCAGACUGCAUCUUCAAGGCUGUUUCUUUCAUUGCCAAGAAAUUUGAAGAGGAUCAUCGCGUUGCAGUGGCUGCCACCAAUGCUCCCAUUCCUCCAGUUUCAUUUCGGCUGGUUAUGCCUGCAAGUCAGUGUGGCCCUCUUAUUGGUAAAAAAGGAACCAAGAUCAAGGAGAUUCGAGAUGUGACUAGUGCAUCUGUACAGGUGGCUAGUGAGAUGCUUCCCGGUUCAACAGAAAGAACAGUCACUAUUUCGGGAACUCCUGAUUCGAUCACUCAAUGUAUUUAUCAGAUAUGCUGUGUCAUGCUUGAGCAUCCGCCCAAGGGACCCACAAUUCCAUACCGGCCUCGAACAAGUCCUCCUGUGAACUCCCUUCUUCUGCCUGGUCUUCCUCUACAUCUUGCCGAUCCUACUCAUGCUGUUGCAGUGACACAAUUUGGACUUCCCCCUCCAGAGCUUCCUUCAGUGACGGCUCAUUCCCAUGGCAUCCCACCGUUGCUACCGCCUGCCUCACCAUAUGCUCAUGCUGCAGCAGCAGCCGUGGCCGCGUCUGCCAUGCAGACUACUACUACACAAACCAUCAACAUUCCUAAUGAUCUGAUUGGUUGUCUGAUUGGCAAAAGGGGUGCAAAGAUAACUGAAAUAAGGCAGCUAUCUGGUGCCCAAAUCAAGAUAUCUGACCCAAUACAAGGUGUUUCUCACAGAGAGGUAACAAUAUGUGGAUCUCCAGACAGGGUUCAACUUGCUCAGUAUUUAAUUAACAACCGGAUACAUUCCGAAGUAAAUGCGCCUUUGGCUGGUUCUCCUCUUGGUCCACCCAUGUCUCCUCUGCUUCCACCUACGUCUCUGUGACUAAGAGAUAUGAACUUGUUCGCCUUGUGUGUCUUUUGUAAGUGAUGAAGGGUUUCUAGUGUAUGAAAUGUAAGUGUGAGGUAUUGGUGAUGAGUGAAUGAGCUAUUAUAUUAUUAUUACUGGCGCUUCUACUUGUGGCUUAUAGAUCUUAUUGAACUAAAGUGGUGUUUCUCUAAUAAGAAAUUGACUGCUUGUAACAUUUAGAA